AGAACCUCUCCAAUAAUGUCACCACGAACAAGCAUCACGGAGGAAACCUGCUUGGGACGACAUUCACCAUCACCCUGUCCCAACUCAAGGUCUUCAUCACCAGGUGCAAAACGGAGGUACUCUUGCACUGAGCUCUACAGCACUCAGCUGCCUUCCACUUCUCCACGGCAGUCAAGGACCCCCUCUCCACAAUCCUCUCCUCGCAUCCCCUUGAGAGAAGACAACUCUUCAGUUACUUACACGCAGUUGCCCAGCGCUUCUCUUUCCAUGGAUGCUAUGAACAGCCUUCCUACGGAUCCUUCCUGUGGUGUUCCCACGAAAAUUUGGAAAACCAGCCCUGAUCCUUCAUCAAUGCCUUCUCACAAAAACAGCAUUCCAUGUCACGUCUUUCAGACUGUUGACUUCCAUGGGCCUUGCGAGCAGGAGGACAGGAGAAACUCAGCCCCAGAAUCAAUUUUGUUGGUACCUCCAUCCUGGACAAAGCAACUGGUACCUGCAAUACCUAUCUGCAGUUUGCCCGUCCAGUCUCUCCCGCCCCUCGAGUGGCCACUCUCCAGCCAGUCUGGCUCCUACGAGCUGCGGAUCGAGGUACAGCCGAAGCCCCACCACCGGGCACACUACGAGACAGAGGGAAGCCGAGGGGCCGUCAAGGCGCCGACUGGAGGCCACCCCGUUGUCCAGCUUCACGGUUACAUGGAAAACAAACCCUUGGGUCUUCAGAUCUUCAUCGGGACAGCAGAUGAACGGAUACUUAAACCUCAUGCUUUCUAUCAAGUCCAUCGCAUUACGGGAAAAACUGUCACCACCACCAGCUAUGAAAAAAUCAUUGGCAACACCAAAGUUUUAGAGAUCCCAUUGGAACCCAAAAACAACAUGAAAGCAACCAUUGACUGCGCGGGGAUUUUGAAGCUGAGGAACGCAGACAUUGAGCUGCGCAAGGGAGAGACGGACAUCGGCAGGAAGAACACCCGCGUCCGGCUCGUCUUCCGCGUGCACAUCCCUGAGUCCAACGGCAGGAUCAUUUCUCUGCAAGCAGCAUCAAACCCCAUCGAAUGCUCCCAAAGGUCUGCUCAUGAACUUCCAAUGGUUGAAAGACAAGAUAUUGAUAGCUGUCUCGUUUAUGGAGGACAGCAGAUGAUCCUGACUGGACAGAAUUUCACAGCAGAGUCCAAGGUGGUGUUCACAGAAAAAACAUCAGAUGGACAGCAGAUCUGGGAAAUGGAGGCAACAGUGGACAAAGAUAAGAGCCAACCUAGCAUGCUUUUUGUAGAAAUACCAGAGUACCGUAACAAGCACAUUCGCACAGCUGUGAAGGUGAAUUUCUACGUCAUCAAUGGGAAAAGAAAAAGAAGCCAACCCCAGCAUUUUACCUAUCACCCAGUACCAUCAAUCAAAACAGAGCCCAUUGAUGACUAUGAUCCAGCCUUAAUCUGCAAUACAGUACACAGUGGUCUGGGAACAGUAACACAGCCUUACUAUUCACAGCACACAAUGGUCACCGAAUCCCCUUCCUGUCUUGUGGCCACUAUGGCUCCUUGCCAGCAGUUGCGCUCAGGCCUUUCUUCUCCUGAUUCUCGAUACCAUCAGCAGAAUCCAGCCGCUGUAAUAUACCAAAGAAGCAAGAGCCUUAGCCCAAGCCAACUUGGCUACCAGCAAUCCAAUUUGAUGGCUACACCAGUUGCUAUUUCAGAUGCCCAUAGGUCAGUGCUGGUGCACGCUGGUUCUCCAGGCCAAACUUCAGCAGUGCUCCACCACUCUCCAGGCAAUCAGCAGUCUUCUCCAGUGAUUCACUAUUCACCAACCAACCAGCAGCUGCGGUGUGGAAGUCAUCAAGAAUUUCAGCACAUCAUGUGCUGUGAAAAUUUUACGUCUAAUGUUGCAAGAUCCAGCCAGCCCCAGGUCAGUCAAGCACAAAGGUUAAGUCCAAGUUCAUAUCCUACCGUGAUUCAGCAGCAGACAGCCUCAGGUCAGCGAGCAGCAAAAAAUGGACCACCGGUUAGUGACCAGAAAGAAGUGUUACCAGCUGGAGUCACUAUUAAACAGGAACAGAAUCUGGACCAAGCGUAUCUGGAUGACGAGCUGAUAGAUACACACCUUAGCUGGAUACAAAACAUUAUAUGAAAAAGAAUGACUGUGAUCUUUGAUCCAAGCAAUCAGAAAGAAAGUUAACGAAAUUAUCAGGAAGGAAUUUUCUGGACUCCCUGCCAGAAAUCAGACAUAGAAGAAGAGAUUUGUCAGACAACUUUUACCGAAUCCUUCCGUAACUGACCUCUUAGAUCCUUCCAGUGCCCCUGCAACCUCCUGCUUCCUUAACUGUUCAUCUCAAGGCACCAUUUCAAUGCAAGGAACAAUGUAUUGGCAUCAAGCUGACAGCCUUGACUAAGCAACUCGCCACCUCUCUCUGUAAACAUUGAGAAGGACACCCUUCCUUUCGUCCAAAGAUCGUAUUGUUCUUGUAUAACAGAGCAUCUGUCUAAGGAAACUCUUCAAGCCUGCUGCAAAAUAUCUAUCUACAUAUCGAUCUAUCUUAGUAAUAAGGGAUAAGUGAUAUGUCACUCCUGAACACCGCACAAAGCAAGGGAGGUUAUAUAUUAGUGCUUAUUUGGGUGGGGUGGGAAAUGGGGGAAGAAAGAGUAAUAUAUUCCAUAAAAGAAUAAUGACAUUUUGCAGUUCACUAAUAAUGACUUGCCCUCCAGGUCUUAAAGCCCUUUUGAGAAGUUUUAUUGUUGUAGGAAACUGAGGCAACCCAAGCUUGCUCGGCCUUUAUCUGACCUGGGAAUAAAAGCCUUUUUUUUUUUUUUACUUUGAGCACUGUGAUCAGUAUUUCAAACAACAGAUGUCAGCUGAAUCCAGGAGUUUUCUUCAUUUUUCUUGUCAGACUGGAUAGGAAUUUGAAGGAGAGGGAUGCUCACAGAGAACCAGUGAAGAGAGCAAUUCAGCAGUUGUAACACCUGUCCCAAGGUAAAAUAAACCCAGAUAAAACAGAGAUUAAUAUAUAGGAAUCACAGUAAAUCCAAAUAUUUUAUGAUUGAUCCUAAUUAAUAUUUAGGCAGUGUAUGAACACAUCUUAGAUAUUUUCUCUCUGACAACUUGUUGCUGUUUCUUUUUGUGUAGAACCUGCUAUUGGCUCAUAACUUGUCUCAUUUAGCAGCUGUAACAUUUAGCCACACAAGCUGCAGAGGAAAAUAAUUGCAUCUUACAGAAGCCAUAUGUUCCAGAAAAACUAUACACUCACUUAUACUCACCUUGUCUCUUUAGCUUUGCAAAACCACCAGCAAUUUCUGGAAAGGUUAAAUUUCCA